CUGCUACAUUCCAUACGCCUGCACGGGUGCUGUAUGUACCCCAUUGUUCAGCCAGUAGUAGCAGUAGUUAGUACGGCCGUGCCUCGGGGCAGAAGCGAAGCGGACAAGAGAGCAAAACUGAUUAUAAUAUUCCAUCACCUGACAUGAUCGAACAGCCGCUUGACUAAGGACAGUCACGCCUUUCCUCAUCCUUUCACCUUCUCUCAGGCCUCUGCUGCCCUUAUAAAAACUCUGGCACUCGCCAAGCUGAGGUUUCCACCUUCCCUCAGGGCUCUUUCUCGAGCUAUUCCCCUGGCCGCGUCCGCCUCACAUUUCUCUACCCAACAGCAACGCUCUCUCAGCCCGAAGGAUAUCAUGGCACCUAUUAACGGCGCAGUUCCUAAGAGUUCCAAGUUGCACUCGAAAGUGAUUAUGAAUGGUCAAUAUAGGUCAUCAUUGGCUCGGGUCCAGCUGGACAUACUGCUGCCAUCUAUCUCGCGCGUGCCAACCUGAGUCCCGUGCUAUUCGAGGGAUUUAUGGCCAAUGGGUUUGCUGCUGGCGGACAGCUCACUACUACAACUGAGAUUGAGAACUUUCCCGGUUUUCCCUCCGGAAUUCUCGGACCUGAGCUUAUGGAUCGAUUCCGUGCACAAUCCUUGCGAUUCGGCACCAAGAUCAUUACUGAGACCGUAUCCAAACUCGACCUCUCAGCCCGGCCCUUCAGAUAUUGGCGAGAAUUCCAGGAAGACCAGGAGCCAGAGACUGCUGAUGCGGUCAUCAUCGCUACCGGUGCCAGCGCAAAACGUCUUGGACUGCAAGGUGAGGAGACAUACUGGCAAAGCGGUAUCAGUGCUUGCGCCGUUUGUGAUGGUGCUGUCCCCAUCUUCAGGAAUAAGCCUUUGGCUGUGAUCGGUGGAGGCGAUUCGGCUGCAGAAGAAGCGACUUAUCUGACAAAGUACGGUUCCCACGUAUAUGUUCUCGUUCGUCGAGGCGAACUCCGCGCAUCGAAGAUCAUGCAAAAACGGCUCAUAAACAACCCGAAGAUUACUAUCCUCUGGCACACCGUCGCUGUCGAGUGUCGAGGGAACGGUGAUCUUCUCGAUAGGCUGCUCAUCAAGAAUGUUCUGUCCGGCGAGGAGAAGGAACUCCAAGUGAACGGUCUCUUCUACGCCGUCGGUCAUGAACCUGCCACCAACCUCGUCCGCGGGCAACUCCAAACAGAUUCAGAUGGAUACAUUGUGACAGUGCCUGGAACCACACAGACAAGCGUUAAGGGUGUCUUCGCCGCUGGUGACGUGCAGGAUAAACGCUACAGACAGGCUAUCACCAGUGCGGGGAGUGGAUGUAUGGCUGCGCUUGAGGCCGAGCGUUUGAUUGCGGAAGAGGAGGAGGGUGCUGACGAGGCAUGAUUUUCGGGAGAGCUGGGAUCGAAGUAUCCAACGCGAACUCUCAUCUGGUUUCGGCUAUUCACGCACGUAUACCAUUCCAUGCCAUCCGACUUGGUCAUUUAAUUGUUGUACACUUCAUAUGUAGCACGCUUUAGACAAAUAGAAUCUUGUAGAUAAA